GUCACCACGCCUCCCUCCGUCACGCUCUCCCGGUCAGCUGCUGCUGCUGCUGCGACUAAUUCAUUGAUACAGUUUAAAUGAAUGUUACUUUAUUUUACUAAAUAAGCGAACGCGAGACAGUUUCAGAUGUUUUCUGUCGAGCGUUUGCGUUGAACACCAGUGACCUCUGUUUGUGCUACUCAACCGCUUGUGCAACGCAUGCCUUGUUGGCUGCUAACGUCAGUGCAGUAAUCUGUGUAGCCAGUUAUCUGCCUGUUUAAUCUGUAACUUUGCCGCUGUGGUUGGUCCAGUGUAUAUGUUUGGAGAUGUUGUCCCAAAUGAGAGUAUGUUUAGUCUCGGGUUUGACCAGAUUGCCCGGUUGUGUAACGUUGACGUCCAACUCAAAGGCGGCUAUUAGAGUGGCUCCUGCCCUCUGCAGACAUCACCAGCAUCGGACCUUCAGCUCGGAGUCUGUGGGUGUCAAGGUAAACUUCUCUGUGUGGUACUACAGUGCUGAUGGGCGUUGUCUUAUAUGUGUGACGGAGAUCCAGUUCCUCCCGUUCUUGCAGAGGAGCCCGCGUGGGAAGGUAGAUUUUAUUGACAUUGCCCUGCCAGGCUACGAUGGAGAGAAAUACAAGGAUGUCAGCUACAGGAUGGCCAUGGAGGAAAUGCAUGUGAUUGAUGAGAAAGACGAGGUUCAUCGUGGGAUACCAGCUUUUGCAGUCAUGUACAGUGCAGUUGGCCUUGGCUGCUUGGGAAGCCUCAUGAUGUGGUCACCUGUGAGACCAUUCAUGGACAAGUCCUAUGCCAUCUUUGCCAGGAAUCGCUUAAAGUGGACGGGGCGUGGGGAAGAGUGCACCAAAGGACACUGUGAAAAGAAAACACAUUGAUUCGAGACCACAGAAAAAAUAAACUAUGUUUAAUUGUGUCAUAUCCAUUCAGUCAUUAUCUUUAACCCACUCAUUCUGUUCAGAGUUGUAAUAUGUUUUAAGUUAAUUGAACGUUAAGAAGAACUGGAUAAAUACCAUGUGGUCUGUCCGGUUAACCCUCAAUAUAUUAUGAACCUGUCUGCAAAGGUUUAAAGGUUGUUCUUAGCUGAAGGGAAAUAUUGGCAGCCUUAUUAAAUAUGCAUAUUUCGAGGCCAUCAUUUGAUGCAA